AUGGCAAGACUCAGGCACUGGGUCGUCAAACUCAUGCCGAUCAUGCCACGUGAAGAGGCCACAGAGGAGUUGCUUUUAGCCGCAGACCCGUGCCUCAAAGCGGACGUCGGGGAUCCGCGUCUGAGAGCAACUUUGGUCUGGGAGAUGAGGCGGGGAAAGGGAGGAGGAGGGAUGGUUCGAGAGGAGUCUUUGGGAGGGAGUGGGGCGGGGGCAGAUGUGCUGAGGGCUUGGGCAGAGUGCAGCUUAAAGGAGUUCUCACAGGCUUGGUGGGUCAGGUUUAGUGGCAGAGAAAUGGCCGUAAAGAGCACAAGAGCAGGGAGUGUGAUAGUAAAGGUAGUGUUAGCCUCAGCACAUCUGUCCAACCUCAAACCUGCCCCCACCCCUCUACGGCCCGUCCAGUCGUAG